UUCACAACAACCUGACUUACUAUUUUUGCCAACGCAAACUACCCAUUGAAAGAAAGAAAUUCCAGUACACGAUGACAAAGACGGUUUUUACAAACGAAAAGAGAUCAGUUAGAAACUUAGAACUAAAAUUGCGUCUGUUAGGGUUUAAGGGACAAUCAAAUUCUUUGUUGUUUUAAUGGUGAAACGUGGUACAGUGUCAUCUCUUUGAAGAAAAGACAGGAUUCGGGUAGCACAGCAGAGGUGGAUCCCAGAAAUGGAGAGUGAGUCGAGUUCUGGUGUGAGGACGGCUUUGCUGAUGAACAGUGAGAGCGAGAGAGGUGGGCGGUUAAGCAGGCGUAACUCGGUGAAGUCACUGAAGAAUGAGUUCGUGUCGCGGUUGCCUGACAAGGUUCGCUCUUGUCUGGAACCUGGGUCCCCUUUUCUCAUUGAUGUCUCCAAAUCCAAAGGCUUAACUCAAGGUGAAAAAGAAUACUAUGAAACACAAUUUCAGACCAUGAAAUCCUUUGAAGAAGUUGAUGCUUUGGAUGCAUCCUCUGAGAGCAUUGAUGGCGAAGAUGAUGAAGACGAAGAGCUGGCCCAACAUGAAAGAGCCAUGCAGAUUUCUAAUUAUGCAAAUAUUGUGUUGCUGGCAUUUAAGAUCUAUGUUACAAUAAAGAGUGGAUCCAUAGCCGUUGCAGCAUCAACAUUAGAUUCUUUACUUGAUCUCAUGGCUGGCGGCAUACUUUGGUUCACUCACUUGUCAAUGAAAAACAUAAACAUCUAUAAGUAUCCAAUCGGAAAAUUAAGGAUACAGCCAGUGGGCAUAAUCAUCUUUGCUGCAGUGAUGGCUACACUAGGCUUUCAAGUGUUGGUCCAGGCUAUAGAGCAGCUAAUAGAAGAUAAACCUUCAGAAAAAAUGUCCUCAGAUCAAUUAGUGUGGUUGUUCACCAUCAUGCUGUCUGCUACUGUGGUAAAACUUGGCCUCUGGAUUUACUGCAAAAACUCAUCAAACAAGAUAGUCCGGGCUUAUGCAAAGGAUCACUACUUCGAUGUGGUAACAAAUGUAGUAGGACUACUUGCAGCUGUUCUUGCUGAUAAACUUUACUGGUGGAUUGAUCCUGCUGGUGCUAUUGCCCUUGCAAUUUACACUAUAUCAAAUUGGUCAGGAACGGUUAUCGAAAAUGCAGUUUCUCUAGUGGGACAAUCAGCUCCUCCUGAGUUUCUACAAAAAUUAACAUAUCUUGUCAUCAGACACCCUCAAGUCAAGCAUAUUGACACAGUCCGAGCUUACACAUUCGGUGUUCUUUAUUUUGUAGAGGUGGACAUUGAACUCCCUGAAGAUUUGCCUUUGAAAGAAGCACACACCAUUGGAGAGACCUUGCAGAUAAGGAUUGAGAAACUUGCAGAAGUUGAACGGGCAUUUGUUCAUCUUGACUUUGAAUGUGAACACAAACCAGAGCACUCUGUUGUCAGCCGGCUACCCAGAAGUUAGCCUUGAUUGAUUGGUACCUUAUGCCAUUGUAAAUACAGAAAAUCUGUCCUUCAGAUGUUUGUGGUUUCUUCCUCCAGGAUUAUCAUGUAUUGGCAGUAAGGUUAGGAAACAAACUAGUGGUCAGGAAUACAUUAUAUGAAUGUUUUUAAAGUGAUGAAACUUGGCCUUUCAUUUUUCUUAUGAUUCUUCUGUCAAAGAUUAACAAAUUUUGGCUUUAAUUCUGUUGCAUUUUGGUACAGGGUAGACACCGUAGUUCAACCAAAUGAAAAUUAAGCAAUGAUAAGCUUUCUAGGCUUAGUUCCACUAAAUUUAUGGUUGUUGAAUGUGGGAAAAUAACUCUUAAAUGGAAUACUUCAACCUCCAAUAAUGGUAGUUUAAGAUCAAAUUUGGCAUUAUAUUAAUCUUAUAUUAUUUCAUGGUUGUUAAUGGUGUAGGUUU